AUGGGGGGGGUGAGAUGCUGGGGGGGUGAGAUGCUGGGGGGGGUGAGAUGCUGGGGGGGAUGCUGGGGGGGUGAGAUGCUGGGGGGGGUGAGAGGCUGGGGGGGGGAGAUGCUGGGGGGGGAGAGAGCUGGGGGGGUGAGAUGCUGGGGGGGUGAGAUGCUGGGGGGGGUGAGAUGCUGGGGGGGUGAGAUGCUGGGGGGGAGAGAGGCUGGGGGGGGAGAGGCUGGGGGGGCUGGGGGGGGUGAGAUGCUGGGGGGGGUGAGAGGCUGGGGGGGUGAGAUGCUGGGGGGGGGUGAGAUGCUGGGGGGGAGAGAGGCUGGGGGGGGGAGAGGCUGGGGGGGUGAGAUGCUGGGGGGGUGA